CAGCUGGCUGCAAGCUAUUCUUGGAUGCUGUUCUCAUUACCCCCACGACCUAGCGACUUACCAGAAGUGUUGCAAGAUGACGGACUCUUGCAAGAAGCCGUGUCCCGGAUAUUCCAUUGGAAACAAAGGCUGUUUCUACAUGGGCCAGUGGUUCCCGAUUGGUGGCAUCAUGGACAUAGACGCAAAAAAGUGUCUAUACAUCCGCUGCUGCCCCUUCUACGACAAGGGCUGCCAGCUGACGACGGCUGUGAUCGACUCAGUCGGGGAGAGGUGCAACUGUUGUGAACUGGACGGCGUUCUGUACAACCAGGGAGACGUUAUCACCCUGCCGAACUGCGAGCGAAGGAGGUGCAGGAGGGGCCAGUGGCAGGUGCUGGGAGGACCACCCUCGCAGCCGGUGUGUCCGGCGGAUGCUGUUUCCUUCGAGGACUCCUGUGUGAUUGCCGAGAGCCAUUGGCUCAACAACGCCGAGGCCGCCGAGUUGUGCAAGAGCAAGGGCGGUAGCCUGCUGGAACUGGACGCAGAAGCGCUAGCCAGUGAUGCUGUGCAGAAACUCAGAAAGAAACUGUACCCGUGCGGUGGCGUCUGGUUGGGAAGCGUGGAACCCGAGGAAGAGUUGUGCGGCAGUCUUCCCCCCGGCGCGGACGCUGAAAUCCUGCUCAGCUGCCAAAUGCGUCUCAAACCCGUCUGUGUCAUCCCUAAAAUAACCUGUGGCCAGGAAUUCUGUCAGGUCGACGGGCAAAAGUACGAUAACGGCGCUGAGAUUAAGCAAAUCGACCAGUGCACGGCGAUUGUCUGCAAAGAUGGCUUCCCGGUCACCGUCAUAGACGAAACAUGCUGCCGCGUGGAGGGUGUGGACGGGAUAGAUCUGGUUCCCUCCGGCACCAACGUCAUGAUCGGCGACAAAAUGUGCACGUGCAGAGAGGGUGCUGUCGACUGCUGCGGCGGACUGCCCUUGUGCAAACUGCCCGGCAAGGAGGCGGAACCGGAAAUCCCCGACACACCCGAGGAUGCAGAGGGCUAAAUUCUGGCCGUCCACGAAAUGAACUCUGGCUGUCCAUGAAAUUGAACAGACUGUGUGCUUUAGUCUAUUUUCUGUUUCUUUCACUCAUUGGGUGUUUCCAUGAGACAUUCUUCAUUUUGGUUGUUAGUUUGUGGUAUGAAAAUACCUAUACGUUAAGAGUUAGUUUGUCGUGUGUGCUAGCUCUUACGGGAAACAUUCCGAGUAUGUUUUAAGUGGUAAGGUUUUAGCUCUUUUCUGAGGGUCUACAGAUUUUUAUAGAAAGGUUGACAGGCUGGCUCACCAACUGCACUGCACUAUUUGUGCGUGAAUAAAACGGCGUUUUUGUGUUACAUUGGCACCCUCUGUUUAUGGUGUCGUUACGUCUUAUAAUCUACCUGCUCACUGCUGAUUUGACAUAUUCAAUAAAUUAUUUCCGGAAUC